UCCUCUCGCCAGUGCCAAGCCGGAUGCGGGAGGGAGAGGUGUGCUCUCUCGCUGCUCUCGACUGGAUGUGUGGAAUAUUAUUCAAAUCGCAUCCUGAAGAGUGCUAAUGCUUUCUGAAAGUAUACAAGAGUGAUUGAGGUGCUUUGAAUAUUGUAUAGACGUGCAUGUUCAAUCGAAUGAACGAAUUUUGGCAUAAUAGAAUGAAAAAUAUUUUGUGAAUAACACACCUGAUAUAAAUAUGGAAACCCGAAUUGAUUUGUGCGAAUACCAACCGAAAGGAAUUUUACUUAAUAAAAGUGGAAUAAGGGAUAUUGUGUGUGCAGUAUAAUACACUGAUUAUACAAAUGCUAUUAUAUGCACAUUAUAACAAAGUGACUGUAUUCUGGAAUGUCAACAUGAACGUUUUACUGUGACCGUGCAGACGAUUUUUAACCUAAACUCAUCCGCAAAUAAAGACCUUUUUUGAACCGAAGUUAUGAGACCAAGAUGAGAAGGCUAGCAACUAGCAACUCGGCAACAAGACCUGCAAUAGCGAAGGAUCCGUUGGACAUUGCAAAGGAUAUUGCAAAAUGUAUUUUUUGACGUUUAAUCGAAGGGAAGACGCGGAGAGAAUGAAGAUCACAGUGGAACCGAUAGUGUUCAUGUACAAUAUUGCAUACACUGUGCAGCUGAGUUUGCAACAAGACUUCAUAUUUGCUCGUUUGUGCAAUGAACACUACACGGCGCAGAUGUGCGACAACUGGUGGCUGGAGAAGAAAGUGGAGUGGGUGGAGCGCGAGGCCGUACGGAGGGUUAUGUGGAUGAGCAUCACCACUGGACUCGUGGCUGUGUUCGCUUCCCAACUCCUUGGCGCCGCUCUCGAUAGAUACUCCCAGAAACUGGUGAUGUUGGCACCGUUCUUCGGCUCCCUGGCACUGAGCGUCGUGUGCCUCGUCGUCGCAGCCGUGCCCUACGCCUCGCUGGAUCUCCUGUACGUUGGUGCCGCCAUGAACGGCGCCGCUGGGGGCUUCGUCGUGUUCAAGGCCUCCGUAUCGACAUACAUCGUAGGCAUAUCAGCGGCUGAGGAAUGGACCGAUAGAUUGUCUAUCGUGGAGUCCAUGCUGUUCCUUGGCAGCGCUGUGGGUCCCCUAGGUCUGCAGUUCCUUAUCCUGUACUGCACUACGUACCAUUCUUUGCUCUUCCUUGGAUGCGAGAUCGUCGUCGUUAUGGCCAUCGUCUACAUCAUCGCGCUGUUGCCAGAUCACAAAUCCAACUCACCCAAGCCUAAUUCGCACAACACCGAAAACAACAACACCCAAAGCAUAAACAACAACACCAAUUACGAAAGCAUUAGCGAUAAUGACUUUAAUCCUUCCUCUUCCUCUUCCUCUCGUUCAUCCCAGUUUGUUGUAGGAUUUAAGGUUUUCUUCAGAGGGUUGAGUGAUGCUUUUAGCGCCACCUUCAGGAGACGCGCCGCCGGGGUGAGGUUGGCAAUAGUGGCUUUGCUGUUGGCGGACUUUUUCAUUGCAAUCGUCUUCGCUGCUGAAUUCGACCUCCUCUACCUCUACAUGCAAGACCGCUUUGGCCUCACGCUGCCAGAAUACUCACGCUACCUCGGCAUCAAGAAUGUCGUCAACGGAAUCUCUCUCCUCUUCAUUCUACCUUCCAUGCGGCGGUUCUUCGGCCUGAGCGAUGUCAUGUUGGGCAUUCUCGGCGGGUUGUCCAGGGUGGCCGCCUUCCUUCUGCUGGGGUCGACGUCCUCGGGGAUACUCGUGUAUUUGGUGCCAUUCCUCGAUAUCUUUGGACAGUAUUUAUUCGUUGUUUUGCGUUCUGUCAUUUCUUCUCUUGUUGAUAAAGAGGAACAAGGUCGUGUCAUGACGAUAGUAUCAGCAAUGGCUCAGCUUUCUUUGUUAAUGGGGUCGCUGAUCUUUGACAUGCUUUACCCUGUCUUUGUUUCCAUCAAUCGUCCUGGAGCGACCUUCCUCUUGGCUGCGGGUUGUCUGGGAACUUCCACAAUUAUUCUUGGAUAUGUGGACUGGCAUCUGAAGAGAGUAAAAAAUUGUGAAGAACUGCGACCGUUAAUUCAACCAGUGGAAUAAGAUAUAAAUUUUGUAAUAUAAAAUUUGUAUGUAUAAAUUUAGAGAGGAAGAAAGUUGUUUUUUGUUGUUGAAGAAUUACUAUAAAUGUUUUUCUAAAAGUUUGUCUUAUUUUCUCAUACUACCUGUUGCUUUUAGUAUUCCUUAUCAGCGGAUUGUAUAUUUAUAUUUUUUAUUGUAAAGUUGUAAAUAGACCUUAG